ACUGGGAUAUAGCCAGUCAUGUAAAGCUAGAUUCAUGCUUAGUAAGCGAUAAACAGUCGGCCUAUAAAGUUCUUCUUGGACUCCGUUAGUCCUUAUAUUCUAGGCGUAUAUUCUAUCCAUCCAUAGGCUUAGUCCCAAAGACUGCCAACAAUCUAGUUGUAACUGGGGAUAGGGCACAGAACUGUGCUGAUCAGCUAAACAUACUAAGAUGGCGACCAGACGGAGUGCAACUGACGAUUCUAUCGUCCGAAUCCCUCCCUAUUACUACCUCCAUGUCCUUGACCAGAACAGCAAUGUCACACGAUUGGAAAUUGGACCACAGACUUUCAUCAGACAGGACAAUGAAAGGGUUGUGUAUGGGCCGGAUAAGAUGAUCACAGUGCCCCCAAGGCACUACUGCAUAAUCGAGAAUCCUGUCCUAAGAGAUGGUGAUGGUGAGGUUGUCUUCGACAAAGUCGGACAGGCUAAACUUCUCCAUGCUGAUCAGGAUAUCAGACUGGCCCAGGAUCCUUUCCCUCUAUUCCCUGGGGAGGUUCUCAAACAGGCUGUUACUCCACUGAAAGUUGUAAUCGCUAAUGCUGCCAUUCGUCUACGCGCUCUUCUUGACUUCGAGGAUGCCAGUGGAGAUAAACGAGUUGCUGGAGAUGAGUGGCUAUUCGAGGGACCAGGCACUUACAUCCCGAGGAAGGAAGUCGUUGUGGAAGAAACAGCCCGUGCCACGAUUAUCAAGCCCAACCAGGCCAUCAAGCUGCGCGCUCGUAAAGAGUGUGUCGAUCGUGAGGGCACCAACCGCGUGACAGGAGAGGAAUGGCUUGUGAAGAAGACUGGCGCCUACCUUCCUGGUGCUUAUGAGGAGGUUGUUGAUAUCGUCAACGCUUACGUUCUGACAGAAAAGAAAGCACUCCAUAUGCGUUCUAUCAGGACAUUCAAGGAUGACUUCGGAAAGGUGCGAAAGAACGGUGAGGAGUGGUUGAUCAAAAUGACAGACACAGAAACACAUAUUCCGGCCGUCUAUGAGGAAGUUGUAGGAGUCGUUGACAUUACUACACUUAACAACAGGCAGUACUGUGUUAUCAUGGAUCCUGUCGAUGCCACAGGCAAACCACAGCUCGGACAGAAAAAGCUUGUUAAAGGCGAGAAGAGUUUUUUCCUUAUGCCUGGAGAGAAACUAGAGCGUGGAAUCCAGAAUGUUUACAUUCUUGGCGAGGAUGAAGGACUCAUCCUUCGUGCGACUGAAUGCUUCAAGGAUGUUGCCAUUGACAAAGAGCGCAAGCCAGGAGAUAGGUGGAUGAUUCGUGGACCGGCUGAAUAUGUACCUCCAGUUGAAGUUGAAGUGGUAACCAGACGCCAGGCUAUGCCUUUGGAUAAGAAUGAGGGUAUAUAUGUCAGGGAUGUAAAGACUGGUAAGGUCAGGGCUGUCACCGGUGAAACAUACAUGCUCAACCAAGAUGAGGAAUUGUGGGUCAAGGAUCUGCCUCCAGCAGUCGAUGCCCUCCUUGCCCAGGGCAAAGACCCUUUGGCGGACAGGAGUGAUAGGUCUGCCUCAGGUCCCCCUGGCAAGGCCCGCGACAAGACGAAAGUCGUCACGUUCCGAGUGCCCCAUAACGCCGCUGUUCAGAUUUAUGAUUAUACUGACAAAAAAGCCAGAGUUGUGUUUGGCCCAGAACUUGUGAUGCUAGGUCCUGACGAGCAAUUUACUCAGCUGAGUCUGUCUGGUGGAAAGCCCAAGAAGCCUAACCAGAUCAAGUCCCUGUGCCUGCUGCUAGGCCCUGACUUCUGCACUGAUAUCAUUGUGGUUGAGACAGCUGAUCACGCAAGGCUGUCACUGCAGUUGUCAUAUAACUGGCAUUUGGAAGUUGCAGACAAAACUGAUGCAAACGUAGGGCCUAAAUUAUUCUCCGUACCUGAUUUUAUUGGUGAUUCCUGCAAAGCCAUAGCAUCUCGUGUUAGAGGAUCAGUUGCAAGUGUUCCUUUUGAUGAUUUCCACAAGAACUCUGCAAGAAUUAUUCGCUCAUCUGUGUUUGGCUUUGAUGACAAGAGCAAGGUCCGAGAUCGCUUUAUCUUCCCCCAGAAUAACUUGGUGAUAACCAGUAUUGAUAUCCAGUCUGUUGAACCUGUUGACCAGAGGACCAGGGAUGCCCUGCAGAAGUCUGUCCAGCUUGCUAUUGAGAUUACCACCAACUCGCAGGAGGCUGCUGCAAGGCAUGAAGCCGAGCGUAUUGAGCAAGAGGCCCGCGGACGUCUUGAGAGGCAGAAGAUUAGUGACGAAGCAGAGGCUGAGCGCGCCAGGAAGGAGCUGCUGGAACUCCAGGCCAACAGUGCCGCUGUUGAAUCGACUGGUCAGGCCAAGGCCGAGGCCCAGUCUCGUGCUGAGGCUAACAGGAUUGAAGGCGAGGCUGCUGUUGAGCAGGCGAGACUCAAAUCUCAGGCUUCAAAGAUUGAAGCUGAAUCCGAGCUUGAGCGUCUGACCAAGGCUCGUGAAGCUGAGAACAAAUACAUUCGUGAGCAGAAUGAGCUCGAGAUCAGCAAGGCCAGUGAAAUGGCGGGCAUUGAGUCGGACAAGUUCAAGAAUACCGUCAAUGCAAUUGGUGCAGACACCAUCAAGUCUAUUGCAAAUGCUGGCCCAGAAAUGCAGGUUAAACUCCUGCAGUCUCUCGGCCUGAAGUCAACGCUGAUCACCGAUGGAAGCAGCCCGAUCAACCUCUUCAACACGGCCAAUGGUCUGAUUGGUAGUAUGAUGCCUGCUAAUCCGCCACGCCGCCGGGAGAGCGAUUAUGAGGAUUAAAUCGUUAGAGUCUGAAUACAGCAAUUGUUCAUAUAAUAUGGUGUACAUGAACGGCGGUAUAUUUCAAAAUUAGAAAUGUGUUUGAAAAUUUUACAUUUGUGUUAUUAAACACUGAGGUUGAUUGCAUUAAAAUUAGAAAAAAUAUGUUUCUGUCUGAAAUCAUCUUUACUUCCUUUUAACCUCAUGGUACUGACAGGUUGUAUUCAUAUACUGUAUGUCUUAGACACCAUAUUAUUAUGUGCUUGUAGAAAUCAUUAGUGGAACUUAACCGGGCUUUUUGGGCAUUGAUGUCUGAGUGAAUUAUAACGGGCAGCUACAACAAAUAACCAAGAAGUCGUAUGUAGUAGAUGUGAGGAAGUACUUACGAUAAAAAGUACAUUUGUACCACCGGAACAUCGUGUCAUGUGUUCUGGAUAUAGCUUAGCAUUAGUUGUGUACUGGCAUGAUUUAGAUAUCUUUUAAUGGAUCUAUAAAUUGUGUAAAAUUAAUCGGAACUCGUCAUAUUCAUCAUGAAUUUGAUUGUUUUGCGUGGGGUUGUGAUCAGAAUUAGAAAAAAAGUAGUUUUCAUCUUCAGGUAUCCAGGGUGUAGGUUUGUUCAUGCUGCCUUCUCCAAAUGCCCGGUAUAACUUUUUCUCAAAAGAAUUAGCAAAUUUGAUGAGGAGGACUGUGUUGAGAAUGAUAUUUGUGAAGUCCAUCCUGGUGGUGAAAUAUCCUUUUUUGGGAAGUGCACGUAUUAUUGCUGCUGAUUAAUUGGUCCUGUUACUUCAUCUCAUUUUCAUAGAACUGUGAUAUAAAUACAUGUACUGUAGAUUACUUAUUGCAUACAUGUGCUGAUUUGCAUGAACCUUUGAGAAAGGAUUAACGACAUGUUUUCAUCCCUUACCAAUGGUUUUGAUGUAUUCUGUCGGUGACAUUCAUGGUCUUAUGGUGGACUGAAGUCAGGAAAUGCAACUCGGUCACGUUGCUUGUGAUUGGUUCCACCAUUUGACCAAAACAGUCACUCCUCGUGCCGCAAAAUAUAUGACAUGCUUUUGCAUGUGAUAAUUCUUGCCAAACUUAGCUCCAAUUGCUUUCAUGCAAAAUAUUCAUCUUGUAUCUUUCUAUUUUUGUAGCAGUUUACUCAGAUUCUCUUAUCCUAGAUUUGAGUGAGUUGUAUAGCCGACUAUUGGUGAGCUAGCUCGGAACGACUUGAACUAUUUCUUUGUUUGGUUUUCUGAUCAAUUCUGGCUGUAGAUUUAUUGUGCAAUUGUGUUUUGUGAUGUAGACAAACUAAAUAAAUUACUUAUCGCAUUAA